UUCAAAAUGGCGGUGUCUGUAGGAAGUGGACUCUGGAUCGCUUUGACAUUAGCCGUUGUACUCUUCUAUUUUCUUGUUUUCUAUGUCUUCCCACAUGUUGAAGUGCUUGCUAGGUUAUACCUGAUAGGAAAACUUCGAGAAAAGGAGAGCAAAUCGAAAAUCUUCAGCCUUUUCGACGUUCCAAAACGAUGGUUCACCCACUUCUAUGUGGUUGGCAUCGUGGUGAACACUUCCCUCAUUGUCCUGCUGAUGAGAGUAGUGGUGUUCCAUGUUCCCUUCCCACAACCAGUGCAGAACAUCCUUAACACUCUGUGGGCACCCAACUACACACCGGAGGGGGUGUCAGGAACAGCUGUUGUGGUGGUGUUGGUGAUGGAGGAGCUGCAGGUGUUGCGGCGAUGUUACGAGUGUCUUUAUGUCAGCGUGUUCUCGGACAGCAGGAUCAGUGUUGUACAUUACAUCAUGGGGAUACUGCUGUAUCUCACCUUUGGCAGCUGCAUUCUUGCGUCAACUGAUUUUAACAACUUCAAACUGACAGGUGUUGAUCAGAUGGGCCUAGUGUACAUUGUGAUGGGCUGCUUCCUCUUCUUUCCUGGCAUCAAUGUUGCAGCAUCAGACACUGCACAUCUUGUCUAAACUCAGGAAAAGCCACACUGGAGUGGUAGAGAAUCGACAACAUCUGCUCCCCAAUGGCGGACUGUUUGAGUAUGUGUGCUGCCCUCACUUCUUCUGUGAGAUCCUCAUCUAUCUGGCCAUGAACAUUGUUGUCCAGUUCCAGCAUCAGGCCUGCCUCA